GGUUAGGGGAAGGAGUGCAUGUGGGUAGUACACAGAUGAGUAGAGACACGGACAGGAGAGCGGUGAGUGGACAGGAUCGUGAGAGGAGCGUCUUGAGUUAUGUACUGUGCUCAUCCUGUCUCUGGAACAAACAACAACUCAUUGAUGUAUUGCUACAACAUGAAACCGGUUUAUGGGCAGUCUCCCGGCACUGAUAGCAUCAGCCAAAGCUCAUCUUCACACCCAGCAAGCAAGCCCCCCAACAAUGUGUUUGCAAGUACCUUCUUUGAGGGGAUGAGCAGUUCGCCUGACAUCUGGACGGCUGUAAAUGGACUGAACCAGCAGGGCUAUGAAGGGGCGCUGGGAGCUACCCAGCAAACGCAGCCGGGGAGCUACAGCGGCCUGCUGCCAGCCCACAAUCACCUGAACUUUCCUUCACACUCACUGGUGGCUGACAUGAACCGAAGUCUUCCGCCCAUGUCCACCUUUCAUCGCAAUAAUGCAGUAUCUCACACUCCUUCAGGCAACAUCUCAGAAAAUUCAACAGUCUCAGGGACCCAUGGGAAUAUGUCAGGGACGUCACAAACAGGCGACACCUUAGGAAAAGCAUUGGCAUCUAUUUAUUCCCCCGAUCACACCAGCAGCAGCUUCCCCUCCAGCUCGUCCACGCCAGUGAGGUCUCCGUCUCCCCUGCAAAACGCAGCUGAUCCUGCAGGUACCAACAUGUGGCCUCGCAAUUCAGUUCAGACACCAGUCUCACCUCACUAUGAGUCCUCUCUUAUAUCAAUGUCUCAAGUGGAGGACCGCCUGGACAGACUAGAUGAUGUAAUCCACGUUCUGAGGAACCACGCCGUUGGCCCCACCGCCGGUCUGCCCAUUGACAUCCAGGGCCUCCUGAACCAGCCCCAUCCCUGCCACCCAGACCCUGCCAGCACUUUGCCGCUCACCUGUCACCCUCCAGCCAUGGUUGAAGCUGUCACCAUGAACAACCACUUCCAGAGCCGCACACAAAACAGCCACCCGUACCCAGCCAGGCAGAGGGCCACGCUUCAACAGGGAGGGGGGCCCGUCAGAGGCGGUUUGGGAGUUCAGGGUAAUCUGGAGCUUAAGAUGGAGAGCCAGGAGAAGGAGGAGAUGAUGCACACCAGUCAUGGGCACGGCUCCGACAGCCCACAGUCAGAGGACGAGAGUGAGCUCAAGACGCACGGGGAAGACAGCUCAAGAAGCAGUAUCCAUGAAGAUGAAGAGCUGAGCCCGGAGCAGAAAGCCGAGCGUGAGCGGGAGAGGCGGAUGGCCAACAACGCUCGUGAGCGCCUGCGUGUGCGAGACAUCAACGAGGCCUUCAAGGAGCUGGGCCACAUGUGUCAGCUGCAUCUGAAGAGCGAAAAGCCGCAGACCAAACUGCUGGUUUUGCACCAGGCCGUGGCUGUAAUCCUGAGUCUGGAGCAGCAAGUCAGAGAGAGGAAUCUGAAUCCAAAGGCAGCAUGUCUGCGAAGAAGAGAGGAAGAGAAGGGUUCUGCCGCCAUGACGGACCCACAGUCUGUGCAUCUGGCUUUUCAUCCAACUUUGACAGACCCAAACAACCCCAUGGGCCAUCUCUGAGCAUCCAACAGUGACUACAUAAAGUCCUCCAUCAAAUGAUAGACAUCCCAGGAUCCUCCGGCGUGGGAUGUCCAGCAUCUUCUUUCAAUUCGGACCGGAGCAGGGAACAGAAAGUGCGAUGCAGUCCAACAAUCAUCUCCCCGCUUCCCAAAGGGACUUUUAACUUUGUGCCUGAACUUAAAUUGUAGCAGACAAAUGCAUUGUAAGCUGCAGAUGUUUUUGUACAUAUUUUCUAUAUUUAUUGAUCUCUUGUGAUAUUUCACCAUAAGGUGUUAUCUUUAGCUUAACAGAUCCACGGGUUUAUCGCUAACCUUACCCGUGCGUUACUAUUUAUCAAAUACAGUUUCCAAUGAGCUCAGAGAAACGACAUUCUCACGUUUGUGUUUCCAGACAACACGUUCAUUUGUCUUGUGUUGUGUGUGUGUGUGUUUAUGUUUGUGCAUGAAUGAGGGCCAUGACUGUGUGAAUAUUGCAGGAGUUUGAGCAUUCUGUGAAUGAGCAGAUCUCCUAGAAACUGUCUCGACAUUGUCUGCUGCUUGUAUAUUUGUAUUAUAUAUUUAUGUUGAAUGCACAGCUAUCAUGAUUGUGUUCUCUGAAACCCUGGAGGAUGCAGUCUCUCAUCUGUUGUAAUCACACUCUUCAAAUUAAAUCUUGCACGUUUGCAUUUUUCAUUCAAUUUUUAAUGUCUAAAUUAUCUUUUAUACAAGUAUUAAGAAUCUGAGAUUGUCUACAUUUUUGUUCAUGGUCUUACAUGUUAUGUUUGUCUUUGCGUUGCAAGAUCCAGAAACAUUUUAGCUGAACAAGUCAGUGUUACAGAAUGCCACCUUUGAUAUUAUCUGAUGAACAGAUAAUAAAAUACUUAAAUAAUCUGAAAUACUUCUAUAAUGCCAUGUAAAGUUUAUGUACAGUUGAAGUAGUUUUCAGGCAUGUGUCUAUAUAACAAUGUAGCAAUAAAUGUUUCUUUUUUCAAUUA